AUGCUUAAAUCAAGCUUCACUCCGAUUUUCUCAACCUUUCCCGCCAAACCGUUAUCGCCAAAACCACUGCCUAACGCUAUCUUUAGCUGCUUCACACACACUGCGCCAACUGUUCGUCAAAAUGCCUCACCCAACACCCCCACCACCAUUCUUCCACCUCCUACUUCCGCUUACAUCCACCUCCCUUUCUGCCGAAAGCGCUGUCACUACUGUGACUUCACAAUCGUCGCUCUGGGCUCUUCUUCCAACCAAACCGAGGACGACCCGCGAAUGAUCAACUACGUUCAAUUACUUUGCCGAGAAAUCAAUGCAAUGAAAGCUGAAAAUAAGGCCAACCCGCCUCUGGAAACGGUCUUUUUCGGGGGCGGCACGCCUUCUCUUGUGCCACCCAAGCUUGUUUCUUCCAUUUUGGAUACGUUGAGGUUGAAAUUUGGGUUGAGUUCGGAUUCUGAGAUAUCUAUGGAAAUGGACACUGGGACUUUUGAUGCUAAGAAAAUGAAGGACAUGAUGGAGUUGGGUGUGAACAGGGUGUCAUUGGGAGUUCAGGCAUUUCAAGAAGAGUUGUUGAAAGCUUGUGGUAGAGCACAUGGUCUUAGGGAGGUUUAUGAGGCCAUUGAGAUUGUUGGGUCAUGUGGGGUUGAGAAUUGGAGCAUGGAUCUUAUCUCUUCUCUGCCUCACCAGACCCCAGAAAUGUGGGAAGAGAGUUUGAGGCUAACUGUUGAAGCUUGUCCUAGCCAUGUGUCUGUAUAUGAUUUGCAAGUGGAACAAGGCACAAAAUUUGGAUUGUUGUACACACCAGGGGAGUUCCCAUUGCCGUCGGAAACACGGUCAUCUGAGUUCUAUAGGAUGGCAUCAAGGACGCUUUCUGAUGCGGGUUAUAACCACUAUGAAAUAAGCAGUUACUGCAAGAGUGGAUAUCAUUGCAAACACAAUCUUACUUAUUGGAAGAACAAACCUUUCUAUGCUUUUGGCCUUGGCUCUGCUAGCUAUGUUGAUGGUGUGAGGUUUUCAAGGCCAAAAAGGAUGAAAGAGUACAUGGGUUAUGUGGAGAAUUUGGAAAAUGGGUUGGUGGAUAGCUGUGAGAGUAAUCGUUCGGCUCAGGACAUGGCCACGGAUGUUCUCAUGCUCUCUCUUAGAACUUCAAGAGGUCUGGAUUUGAAGUCGUUUGGAGAAGAAUAUGGAAGCUUUCUUGUUCUAGCUCUCUGCAAGGCCUAUGAACCUUAUGUUGAAAGUGGGCAUGUGGUUUUCUUGGAUGAGCAGCGAAGGGCCAUGGCUACAGAUGAACUCAAUGCCUUGCUAGUAAACGAGGACAAGAUUGAAAGAAGUCCUGCCUACAUUCGUCUUAGUGAUCCGGAUGGUUUUCUUUUAUCGAAUGAAUUGAUAUCGCUUGCAUUUGCGGUUGUAGCUCCAUAA